AUGGGCCAGGCGCAGUCUGGGGUCCCCCUGAGGGGCCCCUCAGGGGAGUUGGGGGAGGCAGCCGAGCCGGCGUUUUUCUUAAGACUCGUGCAGACGACAGCGCAACCUACCGAGGUGAGCGCUGCAGCGCCUCCGUCAGCAGAGGGAGCCGCGACUGCUGCUGCUGCCGCUGCAGCGAUGACGACGCCACGCGCUGCACAGACGGAAGCGUCGAGAACCGCCCCAACAACGGGCACCGAGAGCACACCUGCAGCAGCUACAAUCUUCCAGCUAUCCUUCGAGGGUCCCCAGCUCUCAACAGAUGCGGCGAGAGCUUAUGCGCAUCGCCCUUCUGCCGCUGCAGAGGCGGCAGCGGAAGCAGCGGCGGAAGUGGCUGUAGAAUCCGCGGGCACGAUAGAAGUGGAGUGGGAAGACGGCUCUGAAGGCGAGAUCCACCGAGAGCUCACUUGCUGCAUCUGUGCAGAUCUUUUGCAGAAGCCUGUCCUGCUCGAGUGUGGUCACUAUUUUUGUUUUUGGUGUGUCUAUCGAUGUAUGAACUGCUACGACAUGUCAGUCUGCCCUCUAUGCCGCACGCCGUUCGACUGUCUGCCUCCUGUCUGCCGUCCACUGUAUCUGUACAUCCUUAAGAAACAUCCGCAAGCAGCCUCAAGGCGAGAGAGGGAGCUGCACGUGCUCGAGAGGGGAAGGAGUCUGCGAAGUCCACCGCAUCACGUCAUUGCAGAGGGCCCCCCUGGCGCCACAACGGAUGAACUCCCGCUUAGCACCCCAGCCCUUCUGCUGCUGCUCGAGAGGGAGGCUCCCGACUUGCUGCCUUUACACCGAUCCGUGGAACUGCGCGUCGUUGUCGCUGCAUACCGGGCUGAACAGCUUGCCCUCUCGCUGAGAGCCUCCACGCCAUACAGGGCAGCGAAUGACGCAGGCAGCAGCAGACGCGCAGGGCGAGACGGCUCACCAGCUGGAGCAAGCCAAGUAGACGAGGAUGGUGCUGCCAGCGAUUUCGACGAAGGACCCUUGCGCGUGGGCAGGGUGUCUCGGCGGUAUCCCCCCCCUCCUGACCUGCGUAGGAACUUGGGAGAUACCCCUGCCGAGCAGAUGGACGCAGAAGACGAAGAACUCGCGGGGCUUACAGCACGCGCACUUGAAGGGAGGGCUGCACCUGUGCCUUCAAUGUUUGUCCCCUCGCUGUGGCAGCAGCAGCAGCAGCGACUUCUCCGCCAAGUGGAGGUGCACUCUGGAGAGUCCAGGGGACCGGAGUGGGGGUCCUCCGGCGGCAUAGAGACGACAGUGCAGCCGUCUUUUAGUGACCUCCCUGCUAGAGGCGCUGUUUCGUCCGAUAGUGUCGAGCGAACUGGCGUCACAGAGCCGCCUUCGUCUGUGGAGACCACGCAGGAGACGGACGAGGUAACUGCUGAGUUGGCUCUCAUGGUUCUUAUGCGGUCUCUUCUUUGGGGUGUCAACCGUCUCGAUGCAUGCGUCUAUUGCUUCGGGGAUGGGGCUUGCUGGCUGUGUGGGGGGACUGCGGCAUGCGUCCAGGCGAUGUCCUUACCUGGCACCGGAGACUGGCUGCUGGAGGCGACAGCAUUCGUUCACUACGGCGUCAUCUGCCACCUUUGCGGCCGUCUGCCCAUUGUGGGGACGAGGUACAAGUGCAUGGACUGUCUCGAAAGUGCAGAGCACUACGAUGUCUGCGGUGCUUGCUGCCAAGCUGCAGCAACCAAGGCACCUAGGUUCGCCUCCCAACACAAGUAAGCGGCGCGACCGACGGCGGAUGCAGCAGCGGUGGCAGCAGGUGCAGCAGCAGCAGCAGCCGCAGCAAAUCAGCUCUGUCGCUCCAAAGCUGCUGAUGGUGCUGCGGUGUGUUGGGCAGUGGCUGUGCGCAGCGGCGGGGGACGGCCUGCUGCUGCCAGCGCUCCCUCUCAUGGAGUCGGCGUUGCUGCCGUCUCUCCUGCGUUUGCUGGGAACGUGCACCAGCAUCGAGGCGCUGACUUGCAGCUUGGAAGCCGCGCAGGAGGCGUCGAGGCUGCAGGCUGCCGAGGCACCUCGCACGUUUCUCGUUGCACCGCGGCAGCAGCCGCAGCGGGAGAUGCUAGGCUCUCUGCAGCAGCUUGCACGUGCAAGGCGCUCGGCGCCGCCGUCUCGGCGUUCGCCAUCGAGACGUGCGCAGCCUUGGCCCUAUUAGAGGCAGAGUGCGCAGCAGGAAGCCCGCUAUCACCGCCUGCAUUCUUUAGACUUUGCUGCAAUAUUUGCAGCGAUGCAUUGGGGGCUCAUGUGUAUCCUGCCGGCGUGGCGAGAAGCGGAGGAGCCGACGGCUUGAACAGUGGCCACCGCCUCCCCCACCAGCAGCGCACUCCCGGUACGGCAACGCGCCAGCACCACCACAUGCGCCUUUCCCAGCGUCUGCUUCAGAGGGAGCAGCAGCUCACGGCGCUGGCCGUCCUUGGCAGUACACAGCAGGAAGGAAUUUGUGCCUCGCUGCGUUGGGGAGCCUGGCAGCUCCAGCAGUGGCUCUGCUGUACUGCCUGGGGAAGCAGAGAACGGUACUGGCCUGCAGUCGAGGCUGCUGAACGCAUGGCUGCUGCGCUUUGUUUGCUGCAACGCUCGCUGCGACUUCGACUGAGUAUCGCACCGACGGAUGUCGCGGCAGUGGCAGCAGCCGGCGGGUGCUCUGGAUCUCAGCAACAUCAGCAGGUUGAAUGCGCAGCUAUUGCUGCUGCCCUUGAGCGGAGUGCAGGCAGCUGGCUUCGGCAAAUCACGUUCCGCCUUGUAGAAGCAUCAGCCUUUUCUGCUGAGCAAAAUUACCACCACCAAAACAGCACGCAGAUCAACAGUGCUACUACCGAGCCAGAUGCCGAUUCCUUCCUGGCGCUAAGAUCAGAUGUCCGUGCCGCCCUGCGGUAA